AUGCGAAAAUCCGACGAAAACGAGUUUCUGUAUUUGUUUAUAGCAUUGUAUGCAUUCAUCAAAGGGUUUGAUUGUUGUAGGCCAAUUGUUGUAGUUGACGGGAGCCACCUCAAAAUAGCAUACAACGGAACGUUCGUUUCAGCAAGCACGUUAGACGGUGCAGGUAAUAUACUUCCUUUAGCAUAUGGUGUGAUAGAUUCAGAAAAUGACAGGUCCUGGACAUGGUUCUUUGAGCGAUUCAGGGAAGCGUAUAGUAUAAGAGAGAACAUGUGUAUUGUUUCUGAUAGGCAUGAAAGCAUAAACAAAGCUGUUUCUAGAAUCUAUCCGAAUGUGCCGUAUUAUGCAUGCAUAUGGCAUCUUUGGGGUAACGUAUGUAAAAAGUAUAAGAAGAGCCAUGAUGUGUUGAGUCCCGUGUUUUAUGCAAUGGCAAAAGCGUACACGCAAGAAGAUUUUGAUGAACUUAUGGGGAAGGUUGAGAAGGCAGAUUUUUGGGUGGCAGAGUAUUUGGAAUUGGCUGGAAGAGAAAAGUGGGCUAGAGUGUAUGCAACUGUUAACCGAGGGUGGACAAUGACUUCAAACAUAGCAGAGUGUAUUAAUCGUCACCUUGUAGCAGCAAGAGAGCUUCCUAUAUUUGAUUUUCUAGAAGAAGUGAGGAAGAUAUUUGGAAGAUGGAAUUAUAAUAACCGGAAAAAUGUCUGGAUAUAUGUGUCAAAUAUUCACACAAAUUUGGUCGAACCAUCAACCGAAUACUUGUACACAGUAUAUGAUGCAGGAAGGCGUUUCAUCGUUAACUUGGACAACAAAACUUGCAGUUGUCGGAUGUUUCAAAUAGACGAAAUUCCAUGCCCGCAUGCAUGGGCUGUCAUUAAGAAGAAAAAUCUAAUGGCUGAUGAUUACUGUUCCGAAUUGUUCAAACCGCACACCGUGGUGAAAACGUAUGAUGUCGUCGUGGAUCCUCUCCCUGACGAGCGGGAAUGGAAGGUUCCAACAUACAUAUCAGAGGAUGUGGUUUUGCCACCAAGAUACAAGAGACCUCCUGGUAGGCCGAAGAAAAAGCGUGAUAAGCUGUUAUUUGAAUUGCUUCGAGGGAAAAAGAGACAUGCUUGCAGUACUUGUGGACAGACUGGACACAAUAGACGAUCUUGUAGUAAUGUUCCUAGAAGGAAGUAA